CCGGGGAGAGCGGCAGGCGGAGGCGGGGGCGCGCGCCAUGCAGCUUCCCGCCGCGGCCUCCAGCCUGCCGCCCCCGCCGAACCGCCGUCCGCAGCUCAUGUGAAGAGGAGGAGGAGGAAAGGCGGCGGAGGCACCGCCCCCUUGGCGAGCUCCGCGACCUGGCGGCCUCCGCAGGACCCAUGGCGGACUCGCCCGCUCUGCCUCUGCGGGAAGGCGGCCCCCGCGCGCCCCGGCCCUCGGCCCCUUCGCCGCCGCCGCGCUCGCGCCCCGGCUCCGAGGCCGAGGAGGCCGAGCUGUCGCUGAGCCUGGCCCGCACCAAGACCCGCUCGUACGGCAGCACGGCCAGCGUGCGGGCGCCGCUGGGCGCCGGCGUCAUCGAGCGGCGUGUGGAGCACCGGGUCCGCGCCGGCGACACGCUGCAGGGCAUCGCGCUCAAGUACGGAGUCUCGAUGGAGCAGAUUAAAAGGGCAAAUAAACUGUUUACCAAUGAUUGUAUAUUUCUGAAGAAAACUUUGAACAUCCCAGUUAUAUCAGAGAAGCCUUUGUUGUUUAAUGGACUUAACUCAAUGGAUUCUCCAGAAAAUGAAACUGUUGAUAGCAGUUUUCCUCAUGAAGAGGAGCCAGUAGCAGCUAAGGAUGACCUCUCUCCUCCCAGUCCUCCAGAGGCCACUGUUCAGCCUGUACACCCUGAGGAAGUGUCAGCCAAAGAUUUCCUGCAGAGACUAGACUUGCAGAUUAAGUUGUCAACACAGGCAGCCAAGAAACUAAAAGAAGAAAGCAGAGAUGAAGAAAGUCUCUAUGCAACUUCCCUCUAUCACAGUUAGAUGAUCCGAGGCAUAAUCUAGCCUGGAUUAAGAGAUGGUUGGAGCAUAAAGAAACCAACAACUGGGGAUUCCAAAGCAUCCUUUUUGGAUCCUCAUAGUGCACCUCUUUAAGACAUAAUUAAGUAGGUCUGCCUCCUGCAGUGGCAGGAAGUGAUUAGUUCCCUUUGGCUCUUAUCAUUUUAAGUCUUUAUGAUGGCAUGAAAGCAGAAUUGUAUCCUAAGACUCAUUACUUUUAUAGGUGGUGGUAGUUUUUAGAGUAGCUUUUGUAAAUACUAGUUGACAUAAAGCAUCAAAGACUAUAUAUGUAUUCUAGCUAAAAACAAUGUUUAGCGCCUGAGAAAUCCUAAUUGCGUGAACAACAUGGUUGCUGUUUAAGUAAUGCUGAUUUUGCUAUGUGUUUAUACUUAAGUGCUAUAUAUAUAUUUCAAUAUGUAUUACGUAUUCUGUAUUUAUCUAAUAUAAAGAACCAAAUUUUGUCUGCUAUUUUGUAAAAAAUACAAAAGUCUGAAUGAGAAAAUAAAAUAUGUUUUCAUA